GAUUUGUCUCGGCAGGUUAGUCAGCUUGCUUCAGUCACGCGAAAUUUUUCAUCCGACUUCACUUUGGUGAACGUGCACGGUGGCUCGCAUCCCUUUCCGGUUCUUCACACGUAACGCACAGAAGGACGACCUUUAGCUGCCAAAAUGUCAGACGCCGGACAAGAUGACGUUCCCUCCGCCGUCCCCGUCGCCACCGGCGGCCCCAUGGACGUUAACACCGCUCUCCAAGAAGUGCUGAAGAACGCUCUUAUCCAUGAUGGUCUUGCCCAUGGUCUUCAUGAGGCUGCCAAGGCUCUCGACAAGCGACAGGCUCUCCUCUGCUUGUUGGCUGACAACUGCGACCAGCCCGCUUACAAGAAGUUAGUUGAAGCCCUGUGCAAUGAGCACCAGAUUCCCAUUAUCAAGGUUGAGGACAACAAGAAGCUUGGAGAGUGGGCCGGUCUGUGCAAAAUUGACAACACUGGCAAGCCCCGCAAAAUUGUUGGCUGCUCCUGCGUCGUAGUUAAGGACUACGGUGAGGAAUCUCCCGCCCUCGAUGUUGUUAAAGGAUACGUGGAGGCCCUUACCUCAGCGUAAUUAUGUACCUUUGUAUCAUAAAAUUUUAAAAAUUAAAAAAAAAAUCAUAAAA